CCUUCCCAAGAAGAUGCCACUCCUCCUGCUCCUGAUGGCCUUUCUCCUACCCCCUGGGGCUGGGGCAGGGGAGAUCAUUGGAGGCCAAGAGGCCAGGCCUCAUUCCCACCCCUAUAUGGCAUUUCUCCAAAUCCAGUCUCAAGAGGGGCUCAAAACUUGCGGGGGUUUCCUGGUGAGAAAUGACUUCGUGUUGACGGCAGCCCACUGCUGGGGAAGCACUAUCACGGUCAUCCUGGGGGCCCACAACAUCCGCAGGCAGGAACGGACCCAGCAGCGCACAAAGAUGCGCAGAGCCAUCCGCCACCCUGGCUAUAAUCCCCAGACCAACAGGAAUGACAUCAUGUUACUAAAGCUGGCACGACCAAUGAGACGGACGUCCGCGGUGAGGCCAGUGGCUCUGCCUCGCGGGCGGGCCAGGGUGAGACCCGGGGCCAGGUGCACCGUGGCGGGCUGGGGCCUGCUGGGCCUGAACAAGAGGACAAACAGACUCCACCAGGUGCAGCUAACCGUGCAGAGUGAUUCGAGGUGCUCCAAUCGCUUCGGUUUCUACGACAGCCAAACGCAAAUCUGUGUGGGCGACCCAAGGAAGAGGAAGUCCGCCUUCCUGGGGGACUCCGGGGGCCCCAUGGUGUGUAACGGCGUGGCCCAGGGCAUUGUCUCCUAUGGAGAUAGGAGCGGCACUCCUCCAGCAGUCUUCACCAAGAUUAGGAGCUUCAUGCCCUGGGUAAAUAGAACAAUGAGACGCUUCAAACAGCCUUGCGAGACCUAG